CAGAGCGGGGCCUAGCGCUGGGGGUCCGGGGGAGCUCGAGCGGCGUGAGAAGACCGAGAGGCCCCGCUGCCACCCCCGCAUGCCCCGCCUGCCAACCGGGUCUCGGCGGCGGGCGGGGAGAUGGAGACCCAGGACUCCCAGUCUCCGGGCAACCAGCCCCCGCCCCUGAACCCGGACGCCAUCCGCGAGUUCACCGAGGUCCUGGGCUCCGGCAACAUGCCCAGCGUGGCCCGCAAGCUGAUGGAGGCCUUGAAGACGGCCACCUACGCCAAACUGGACGUGGCCGUGGCCGGAGAGCCGGGGGCCGGCAAGUCCACCUUCAUCAACGCCAUGCGCCAGGUGGGGGACGAGGACCCCGGGGCCGCCCCGACCGGGGUGGUCGACACCACGCUGGACCCCACUCCGUACCCGCACCCCAGGUACCCCAACAUCACCCUGUGGGACCUGCCGGGCGUCGGCAGCCCCGAGUUCCAGGCCGAGGGCUACCUGGAGCGGGUGGCCUUCGACCGCUACGACUUCUUCAUCCUGCUGGCCUCCCAGCGCCUCACCUACAACCUGGCCCAGCUGGCUCGUGCCAUCCAGCGCCAGGGCAAGAAGUUCUACCUGGUCCGCUGCAAGGUGGACGUGGACCUGGAGGCCUCCCGCCGCCGCCGCCCCGGCUCCUUCGACGCGGAGCGGGUCCUGGGGGAGAUCCGCCGCGACUGCCAGGACCAGCUGAGCCGCCAGGGCCUGAGCGUCCCCCGGGUCUUCGCCCUGUCCAACUUCGAGCGGAGCCUCUACGACUUCCCCCUGCUGGAGGAGACCCUGGAGGAGGAGCUGCCCGGCCACAAGCGCCAGGCCUUCCUCCUGGCCCGCCCCAACAACUCCCUGGAGGUCCUGGAGAAGAAGAAGGCCGCCCUGGAGGAGCAGAUCUGGAAGCUGGCCCUGGCCGCCUGCACCGUCAACAGCGUGCCCGUGCCCGGCCUGCCGGGCCUGCCCACCGCCUGCGAGGUGGCCAUCCUGGCCGAUUCCCUGAGCGACUACUGCCGCAGCUUCGGGCUGGAGCGCGGGGCCCUGGAGGAGCUGGCUCGGGAGCUGGGCCUGCCCCAGGAGGAGGUGCAGGCGCUCAUCCGGUCCCCGCUGGCCCAGGACAUCACCAGGGGACUGGUCCUGCAGCUCCUGGCCAGCGGCUCCCAGAGCGCCCAGCUCCUCUUCCAGUACUUCCGCCGGGCCGUGCCCACCUUCGGGACCCUGGCCGCCGCCGGCAUCUCCUUCGCCGCCAUCUACCUGACCCUGCGGACCUUCCUGCAGCACGUGGCCGAGGACGCCCGGCGCAUCGUGCUCCUGGCCCAGCGCCAGCGCGGCCAGAGGGCCGGGGGGCCUCCCCGACACCCCCCACCCGAGCCCCGGGGCCCGGCCAAGGCCUCGGCCCCGCUCCCCCCCGCCGCCGCCCCGGCUCCUCCUCCGCCGGGCCCGUCAAUAAGUCCUUCCUGAGCGCCC